AUGGGCCUGAUCUGGCUGCUGCUGCUCAGCCUGCUGGAGCCCGGCUGGCCGGCGGGGCCCGGCGCGCGGCUGCGGCGCGAUGCGGGCGGCCGCGGCGGCGUCUACGAGCACCUCGGCGGGGCCCCGCGGCGCCGCAAGCUCUACUGCGCCACCAAGUUCCACCUCCAGCUGCUCCCGAGCGGCCGCGUCAACGGCAGCCUGGAGCACAGCGCCCACAGCAUCCUGGAGAUAACGGCGGUGGAGGUGGGCAUCGUGGCCAUCAAGGGGCUCUUCUCUGGACGGUACCUGGCCAUGAACAAGAGGGGACGGCUCUACGCAUCGGAGACCUACAACGCGGAGUGCGAGUUUGUGGAGCGGAUCCACGAGCUGGGCUACAACACCUACGCCUCCCGGCUCUACCGGACGGCGCCCAGCGGGCCGGGGGCCCGGCGCCAGCCCAGCGCCGAGAGACUGUGGUACGUGUCUGUCAACGGCAAGGGCCGGCCCCGCAGGGGCUUCAAGACGCGCCGCACCCAGAAGUCCUCCCUGUUCCUGCCCCGCGUGCUGGACCACAAGGACCACGAGAUGGUGCGGCUGCUCCAGGGCGGGGCCGGGCUCCACGGGGGCCUGCCGAGGCCGCCCGGCAAGGGCGCCCAGCCCCCGCGGCGGCGGCAGCGGCAGCGGAGCCGGGGAGGCCUCGCCUAG